AUGCGGUCUUCCAAAACACUCGCUUGCUUAUUCUUGGCCGCUUCGCAGGUAUCUGCAGCUUAUGUGAACUGGAAAACCUUUAAUGCAACUGGUGCCAAUCUUGGCGCAUGGCUUGUACAAGAGAGAUCACUCGACACCCCAUUUUGGAAUCGAUAUGGUGGAGACGCCUCUGAUGAAUGGGGUCUCUGCAUCAAACUUGGUGCGAGCUGCGGGCCAGUAUUGGAGCAGAGAUACACGACAUUUAUCAAUACAUCCACGAUCGACGAGCUCGCUAGGAUCAAUGUCAAUGUUCUCCGCAUUCCUACCCACUACGCUGCUUGGAUCAAAGUCCCCGGCUCGCAGCUGUAUAGCGGUAGGCAGGUGGAAAACUUGAAGUCAAUUUCAACUUAUGCCAUCAAUAAGUACGGCAUGCACAUUAUCCUUGGCUUGCACUCUCUUCCAGGGGGCGUGAAUGGAAUGGGUAUUGGUGAGAAGGACGGGAACUUUGGAUGGUUCAAUAAUGCCACAGCCUUGUUCUACUCGUAUCAGGCUGUUGAUACAGUGAUCAGCUUCAUUCAGUCAUCUGAUAGUCCUCAGUCGUUCACUUUCUCUCCCAUCAACGAACCUGUGGACAACCCCGAUCUUACUGCAUUUGGCACCCCUUCGGCCCUCUCUGACGAGGGUGCGAAUUACACAGCUGCUUAUAUCAACAACGUUCUGUCUCGAGUGAGCAAAGUCAAUCCCUCCAUACCUGUGAUGUUCCAGGGCUCGUUUAGACCAGAGUCAUCAUGGUCUUCGUACUUUACCGCUGGAUCUAAUCUCGUAUUCGACACGCAUAAUUACUACUUCGCCGGUAGACCGACCACAUCGGCCAAUAUCGGGAGCUAUAUCUGCUCGGAUGCCAAAACCUCAGCUAGCGAUGGCAAGUUCCCGGUCUUUAUUGGUGAAUGGUCCAUCCAAGCUGCGAGCAACAACACCUUGAUGAGCCGGGAAGUCAAUUUGAACAAAGGCCUAUACGCGUGGGCUAAGUAUACACAGGGCAGUGCUCCUUGGACGACUCGCAUGUAUGGCUACGCGGCUGUCAGCGGCGAAGGAACACAAUCUGACUAUUGGGAUUUUGAGUACUUUUUGAAUCUGGGCUUUAUUCAUCCUACUACCGAGGCUGGCUCCUGUUAG